GUCAACCGCCUGGGUUCUGGUAUAUUAUAAUCAAUUUAAUGAUUUUUUAGUUAUCUACACAGUAAACUACUCGCAUAGGUGUACAUAUCUAUUAUCUAUCCAAAAUUACUGAAAAAUAUUUCAGGCAUUGAUGGCUGAUGCAUAAUAUGAAAUAUUAUACCUAGUCUAUACUUCAGAAGUACCUAAUAAUCAUUUCUCUAUUAUUUGUUAAUGUAUUAAAAAAAUCGUUUUGAGAAUAAUAAUAUUAUUAUUUUAUUGUUAAAAUGUUUUGUCAGAUUAAACAAUCUAUAUGUAGUGCCAGUAAAAUAUGCAAUUCAACAACAAUGAUCAUACGAGACUUAAAAUCAUGGACUGGUGGAACAAAAUAUUUUGGGUUCACUUAUUAUCCAAGGUAAAGUUUUUGUUCGUAUAAUUUAUUAUAAUGUGUGGUUGAAGUAUGGUUUUUGUGUCUGAUAAAAAAAAUAUCAAAUGUCACACAGAUGUGUUUUUUGUAUACUGUCCUAUAAAAACUUCCAACGGUUUUCGAUUAUCCUAUAUUCAUGAUUCGUUUGGACACUUGUAAAUUUUGUUUUAUGAAUUGUUAUGAAAUUAUCUGUUAUUGUCUUUGAAAACACGAUUUUUGAUUUCAUAUCAAUUUUAUAAUUUGUAUGGGUGUAAAUCUGGGGAGUGAAUUAAAGUAUACAACAUUACGUUGGUAAUUCCAACUAUUUUUGUUAUAUUAUGUUAUUUAGUAGAUCAAUUUAAUGAUUAUAUUGUGAAAAUUAUAUAAAAUGUAUAGGUUAGGGUUGCCAUAUGUCCUGGAAAAUUGGGAUUAUCACCAAAUUUUUGAUUGGUAUACCGGUGUCCCAAAAAUAAAUCCCGAGACUCCUAUAUAUCACGGUUUUGAGACAAAAUUAAUAUUAUUUAAUUUCGUUAUUUUUUUCCAAGUAUAAUAUUGUAAUUUAGAGAUGGAAAAUUGUAUUUUUAAUGAAUACGGAAUAAAACAAUGAUAAAACAAUUUUAUGUAGAUAGUAUCAUUUUUUUUUAUAAAUUAUAAAAAAGAUUAGGUUGUGUUUGUGGUAUUAGAUAAUUGUAUAUCAUAAGUUAGAGGGAGGAUAUUUUCAAAGCUAUCAUUUUUUACUUUUUAUAAAAUAUUAUUAAGUUCUUUUUUUGUGAAUUUUAAUUUGCUAUAAGUCCCUAGCCCUGCUUAUUAUUUUGUUUUAAAUUAAAUUUUUUGUUAAUUAAAAAAGUAAGUAAAGUGUUCUUUUUAUAAUAAAUGUAUAAUCUAAUAAAUAUAAAUAAUAUUUGUAUUAUAUUGUUAUAGUAUAUAAAAUAAUAAGUCUUUUUUUAAUAAAUAGUUACCUAUCUAAUAUGAUCCUAUCACAUUUUUAGUUUAAUUUUAUUUGCUAUUUUUUCUGCCUGUCCCAGAUUUGCUUGAUAAAAUUAUGGCAACCGUAGUGUUGGUACUAUUGACAAUUCAACAUUAAUUACAAAUUGAUAAAACAAAUAUUUAAAACUGUUCUUUUAAAAACAACCCUAUUUUCAGGGUCACUAAAUUUAUAAAUUCAUAAAAAAAAAUUCCCACGAGCAUCUGUGAAAAUCAAAAAUUUGACCAAUGAAGGUUUUCUAGGACGGUAUACAAACAAAAAUCUAUCGAACAUUUUUCAAUAUUUUGACAUUUUUUUCUCAGAUUUAAAAUCUAUACUUUAACCUAUAAUGUGUUAAUUGUUUAAUUUAAUUUCAGAAAAGGGGAAGUUGACCCACCAUAUACACCAACAAAAUUAUUCAUGGUUCAGAGAAUUAAACGUUAUUUAUACAAUCCAUAUUGGCAAAAAAAAAUUCUAACUGACAUGGGAUUGGAUCAUAAGGUAAAUAAUAUAUCCUUUUUAUUAUUUUACCAGUUUUGCAUACAUUUAUUUUUAAAUACACGAGUAUUUGAAACAUCCCUAUUAGUGAUUGGAAAAAUCCGCAUUUGCGAAUUUUUGGAAUCUGGAUGUGACCGCUCGCCACCCAAACUUGUACUUAUAUUAAUAAUGUUAAUAAUUUGAUUUUAGUUGAGCGAUAUAGCUAUUGUGAAAAAUACCCCAGAAAUGAAUGCACGUCUUUGGAAAGUUAAACAUUUGAUAAAAAUAACACCAAUACAAACGCCUGAUGGAUUACCAGAGAAAGGAGACUAUUGGGGUACAUAUUUAGAAACUGACGGUGUAUUUAGAAUUUCAAAACGUUUUUUACCUGAUAUAAAGAGAUUGGAAGCAACCCAAGACUUUGAGAAAUUAGCAAAAAGAGUAGACAAGGAUACAGUAGAAAAGAACUGUCGCAAUAAAUGGUUGAAUCCUUGGUCGACAAUUGUAUAAUAUUUAUAAUUUAUUUUUUUAGUAGUGUAUAAUAAAGUGUUAAUUUUUUUCCAUCAAAUAUUUAUUUUUAUUUAACUAAAUAUCAAUAAGUGAA